AUGCAGCGAAAGCCAAAAGGAUCGCUGCUGCAGCAGCUGCUGCUGAAGCAUGACCAGGAGCAGCAUAUUGAUUCCAGCGAUGAGAGCGGCAACUCGGACUGUAGCAGGAAGGCAUCCUCGAAGCGGCAGCAGCAGCAGCAAGAGCAACUGCAGCAGAAGCAGCACGCAAAGAGAAGGGCUCUACUGCGGGCUGCAGCAAACGCAGCAUCAGAGGGAGCCGUGGAGUGCCUGUACACUUGGGGCCCUCUCCAAGUCGCUUCCGAAGGGCCACCGUCUGCAUUUUGCUGGCGCUGUGGCAGCGGCAACAGCAGCAGCAGCAGCUGCAGCAGCAGCAGCAGCAUUAAGAGUGCAUCAGGGACUCCCUACCGUCGCCUCAGGCGUUGUUUAUUGGAGCAGCGCGAAGAAUGUGAGCCAGCUACUGCCCCUGAGUUGUCUGCAGCAGCAGGGGAGAGUGGAAAGGUACAAGCUGCUCCUGCAGCUCCUGCAGCAGCAGCUGCUCCCCCUGCAGCACCUGCAGCAGCAGCUGCCACAGCUGCAGCAGACGCAAUUAGUCAGGCCUCUGUAUCAUGCGCUGCGGAUGAUGCGGUAGUAGAUACUACUUCGACAGCAGACGCAGCAGCAACGGAUGGAACAGCAGCGGCUCACACGGCCGCAACAGAAGCAGCAAAGACUGCGGCAGCAACAGCGCAGCACAUCUGCGGCUGCAGGAACGUUUUCGGUGCUCUUUUGGAGGCCAACGGCCCUGGACGCCUUCGCCUUUCUCUUGUAGCUGCUGAGCGUCCGUUUACAGCACCAGCUGCAGCAGCCGCAGCAGCACCAGCAGCAGCCACAAUAAACGCAGUGGCAGCAGCAGGAAAGUCAACAGAGAGUGCUAAUGAAAGCGACACAGCAAGCAUGCCAAGAGUAGUAACAGGGACAAGAGCAGCUCCUGUUGCUCCUGAAGCAGCGGGAGCAGCAUCUGCAGUAGCGGGAGCAGCACCUGCAGCAGCAGCAGCAGCAGCAGCAGCAGCGGCUACUGCUGCUGCUGCUGCUCCCCGCGUCGCUGCCACGUGCAUUCUACGGGCAGAUGCUGCAGCGAAGACUUUAGGCUGCGACUUGCUGCAGCUGCUAACAGCUAAGCAGCAGCUGUUGCCGCUUUGCCUCCGCGCAGCGCUACUCCAUGCUACAUCUGCAGAUGCACCUGUUGCUGGUGCUGCUGCCUCUGCCGAUGAUUCCGAUGCCCCACAAGCAGCAACAGCAGCAGAACAGGAAACAGCAUCUGCAGCACCAGCAGCAAGAGGCUGUAGGCGGAAGGCGUCAAUGCGCAAGAAGCGGAGCAGCGCAGCUGCCGCGGAGCCUUUUGAAGGCCUAGUACCCUUUGGCAGCAGCAGCAGCAACAACAACAAAGGGUGGCUGUGGUCGAUUGAGGUCUCUCUGUGCCUAAUGACAAGACGCUGUGGGCGUCCCCGCGAUGUGUUCCCUCUUUACUCGGAGUGCAGAGUCAAAGCAGCACAGUGGUUGUUCGGGCGGAUGUUGGGUCAGGCUUCGUUGCUGCCAGCAGCAGCAGCGGCAGGAGCAGCCGCACAAGGAGGCGCAGCUUUGCGCCACUUCUUCGUCAGCCCUUCUUUCAUUUACAGCCUCGUCUCUCAGCGGCGUGUCCUGCAUGCACUGCAGCUUCAAGAGAAGCACGGCAGUAGCAGCAGCAGCCAAAGCAGCAGCUCCAAGCAGCAACCCCCCAGCGACCACCGCAGCAGCAGUAGCGAUACCUGCUCCAGCAGCAAGUGUACCUCUAGCAGCGACUCCACGAGUAGCAGCAGGAGCAUUUCCAGCUGCAGCUGUGACAGCAAGCGCGUUGGCCCAUUUGUGGGCGUAGAGUUCCUCAAGCCACCGGGGCUGCAGUGUUGCCUGCGCCCAUAUCAGCAGAGGGCGGUCCUGUUUGCCUUAUCAAGAGAGUGGCGGCAAUACAUAAGCAGCAGCACCCGCAUUGGCAGCAGCGAAAGCGUCAGGGAGUGGGAGAGGGUGCUUGGACGGCAGCAGCAGCAGCAGUUGCGAGCACUAGUGCACCAGCAGCUAAUGCAGCAGCAAGUUAAUCUGGUGUGGCAUCGAGUCGUACUGCCUUCUGGUGCUGCUGUUUGGAUCAACCACACAACUGGUCAGGUUGCUGCUGGAUCCCUGGGACCACCAGCAGGACCAGCAGCAGAGGCAGAAGCAGCAGCCGCAGCAAGCGAGGCCUCAGUCGGAUUUGACGUCCCAGGAGGUCUACUGUGCGACUCCAUGGGUCUUGGAAAGAGUGUAGAGGUCCUAGCAUUGGUUCUAGCGAACCCUAAGCCCCAAACAGCAGAAGUACCUGCGGCAGCAGCAUCUGAUGCAGCUGUGCCUACUGCUGACGCUGAGAUCCAAGGAACAUCUACAGAUCAGGAAGAGGCGGCACAGCACGCUGCAACAACAGAAACAGCAGCGGCACCACCAAAGCAAGCUGCAGCAGCAGACCAUAGUGCUGCCACCGUAGCAGCAGGGCCAGCUGCAGUAGCAAAGGCAGUUGCAGCAGCAGCGACAAUACAGGGAACAGCUUGCCGGUGGGGAGAUGAGAUGCCGCCUGACGCUCGCAUUUGCUGCAUUUGUGGGCUUGACUCGCUGGGGCCCAUGAAUAUAAAAGGGGGGAUGCGGUGGGCUCCUCAUGCGCCUGCGCGGAGACGUGUGCAGCAGCAGCAGCAGCAGCGGAAGCAGCAGAGGGAGCAGCAAGGGAAAGAAGCUUCGCUCCUGGCAGUCGUGCAAUGCAGCUGUUGCCUCGCUUUUUCUCAUGUGUUUUGUGUCGCCGAUUCCCCGGGGGCGCCUGUAUCGCUCCCCUUCAUCUGCCCCUUUUGCGUUGCCCAACAGCAAGAAACUAAGGCUUGGAGCAGCAGCAGCAAGAGUCGCAGCAACACCAAAAGUGGCGACGGCGGUAGCGGCAGCAUUGGUCCGAAGAGCAGCAACAGCAACGACAGCAGAAGCAGCCAGCUGCCAGAGGUGAAAGGAACCCUUUUGGUCUGCCCAGCAGCAAUUGUAGACCAGUGGCGGCGCGAGGUGUCUGUCCAUUGCAAUGGCGCUCUCAAGGUCGCUGUCUACCCUGGCCUGAAGCCUGCGAGAGCCGCCUUAGCAAACACUGUGCUCGCGGUCGCGCGGGCGGAGGCGAAAUUUGUUUCGCCUGGCGUAGCGCCUGCUUUGCCGCGAGCGCGGUCUGGCAGGGGGGCUCCUGCUGCAGCGGCUGCGGCAGAGGGUGAUACUUCUCAAGGCGGCCGUCCCUCUUUGUCUGUACCUGCUGCUGCAGUGGAAGCAGCAAUCGGAGGGCCACCACAAGGACCUCACGUGCUCGCGUCGCAGCUGGUUGAGCAUGACCUAGUAAUAGUGCCCUUUGAUUCGCUGCAGCAGGAAGUUUGGUUCUCCCCGCCACUCAACUUCAGCAACAGCAGCAGCAGCAGCAGCACGAACACCAGCAGCAGCAUGUCUCUGCGAGGAGUUAAACGGUACCGCAAGCUCUUUUCCCCUAUUUUGGGAGUUCGCUGGUGGCGACUUGUCAUAGAUGAGGCCCAGCUAGCUGGCGGCUUUAGCGGGGCUGCCCGGCUUUGCCAUUCUAUAGAAGCCGUUCACCGCUGGUGCGUCUCUGGCACCCCGCUGCUAGACGAGUUAGCUGCAGAAGGGCCCCAGGGGGCCCUCUGGGGGAGCCCUCAUGCACCUCGAGGUUCGCUGCUGCCCAAGGAGCUCGCGGGUCUCCUGGCCGCCCUUCGUUUCUCUGCAGAUUCUCCCCAUCUGUCUUCGCCCUGUUUGCUUCAGCGAGCGUUUCAGGGCCUUUCCUUACCCCUUGCACAAGGCGCCCUAGAGGACGACUGCUUAGUGAAGAGCAGUAGCAGCAGCAGCAGCAAAGACAGCAGCAGCAGCUGUGGAGGCACUGUGGAGGCUCGUGUUGGCCCGCAGUGGGGCCUCACGGGCUUCGCGCUAAAUGCUGCUGUGGAUUUGUUGGCUCCUCUUAUCUGGCGGACGGACAUGAGCGAGGUAGCUGAGGAGCUAGGGGUACCCCCUCCCAUAAUACACGAUGUGUAUGUCGAAUUGGGGCCUGUGGAGCGCUUCUUUUACCAGCGGCAGCAGCGGGCUGUAGCACAGCGUGUACAGCGGCUGAGCAGUCGGCAGCAGCAGCUGCAGCAGCAGCAGGCGCAGCAGGCGGGGAAGGGAGCUGGCACGGCAGCAGCAGAAGCAGCAGCAGCGUCUGCUGCUGCUCGAAGGGCGCACAUGGCGGCUGCGCUCUCUUCACAAAUGGUUGGGAUGCUACUGGUGCUGCGGCAGGCAGCAAACCAUCCUCAGCUUGGGGCCCUUGGCCUCAGCAGUCGACGAAGCAACAGCAGCAGCGGCAGCAGCAGCACAUCUACUGCAGCAAACCGGAAAACCGAUGCUUUGGAGGGGCUUGGCCGCUACAUGUCGAUGGAUGAGGUCCUCUGCCGCCUUCUCGCCGAUGCUCGAGUGGAGCUUGAAGAGGCGCUGCGGGCGUAUUGCGCAGAAGUGAACGGAGUUGCUGGGCUGUCACUGUUGGAGGGCCGGCCAGCUCGUGCUGCUCUGCUUUACCUGCACGUGCUGGAGCUGUCGCGGCGCUCUUUAGGGGGUGCCGAGCUGCCUCUUUCCAUUGCUGCUCAUUUGGGGAACCCCCAGGAAAAUGUGAGGCCGCUGAUUUUAAAGCCCAGCCUCUUAGAGCCACUCAUUGCUGGCCGACACCACAUAGACAAGUUGCAGCAGAUACAUGCGGCCUACAACCUAUACGACACACUCUCUAUGGCCGCCUUCCCAAGCGGCCUUUCCCACAGCGCAGCAGCCAAUGAAACAUCUCCUGAGCGGGCAAGCAACAGCAGCCCAGCUGCUCCUCGGGAGGGCAAGCAGCAUUCGUAUGACGCAGAAGCCACGGACCAUAAUGGUGCGUGCUUUAGCGGCAGCAGCAGCAGCAGCAGCUCAAAAGAGCAGGGAUACGAAAUUCAGCGGCAGCCGCCACAGGACAAUGUCGCCGGUUCUGCAGGGCGAGCAGGGGGAGAAGCAACGGCAAGCUCAAGCGCCCCAGCAGCCGACUCAGUAAGCGCAGAAGCAGCAAAAGCAGCAGCAGCAGCGUGGGAUCUGUUCCAGCGGCUACGGGGCGAAUACGCCUCGAAGGCAGUGGGAGAGCUCACGCGGGCAAGAGAGACUUUUCGCCUGCGAUUCAGAGAGACAGAAAAGCACAGGACGGGUAGAACUUUAUCCUGUGCUGGCGAAAAGGAAGCCCCAAAAAGGGCUGGCGGGGCUCCCCACAAACGCAUGCAGCCCCGUGCAGCCACUGUGGGGGAAUCCGCAGGAGGCCCUGGUACGUCAACCGGACGCACGGAGACAAAGGGGCCUGCAGGGUCUUCCGCAAGCAAAGCAGAGGGGAGCGUGGAGCCCGCAGCAAUUCCUGAAGGAUCUGCACGGCCAUUAUCUGCUGUAGAAGAGCCGCCGUUGUCCCAAGGAAGUGUUAGGGGGGUUCUCUGUGUCUCAGAGAAGGCUAGCGAGUCUGACUGUGCGGGAGAGAGCGCCUUGAAAGAAUAUUUGGAGGCCGAAAAAUGGAGAAGGCGCAUGGGAGGAGGCCGCUGGUUUGUGUCUUUUGCGACACUAGAUGACGAACGCAGCCGGGCUGUAGCCCUCAGAGUGCGGGAGGAGCUAGCCAACCUGCGCGGAGGCUCUUGCGGGGAGUACAGAGCCUCGCCAGUUCCCACGGGUUUUAUAGGCCGCCGGCUGCACCUGGGAGGCGUCUCCACUUGCAGGGGCCUCGUAGGGGCCCUCGAGAUGAGAUUAGAUGAACUCGACGAAAGGAGAGAACAACUCAUCAAGACGCUGGAAGCUCUUGACCACCACGGACGGCCCUCCGCAGAUAUGCAGGCAGCGUUUGGGGGCUGCCCGCGCUGCAACGAGCUGUGUCAGGCAGACUUGUACGAGCUGCGCAAGAAGCAGCAGCAGCGGCAGCAGCAGCAGCAGCGGAAGAGCCGCAACACGCAAAUCUCCUUGCAGCAGCAUCUCCUGUUGCAGCAGCAGCAACUGGCUGCUUCUGCCGCGUCCCCCAGGAAACGAAGAAAGAAAGGAGGCGCCGAUGAUGGCCCAUUGUGUGGUCUGUGCUUCCACUGCACUGCCGCGCAACAGAUCUCUGAUUUGCAGUACUUCCUUUACAACCGCGUUUCGAAGAACCUCGACGUUGUAACAGCGGAUCCUUCGAGCCUUAACAUCGAAGGAUACCAUCACUACGGCGACAGCGAGCUAGUCCGCUGCCUGCAGCUACUCAGCAGCUUGCUGCGCAAAGAUGCAUCUUUGGGCGGCCCUCAAGGAGGUCUUUUUGCUGCAGCAGCAGACGAACACUUGAAGGAACUGGAGUGUCUUAAACGGGAACUCUCUGCUGCUGGGAGCUACUUGCUGGGAAGCCGCGGCGUUCUUUCGGCCUUUGACGAGCUGGAAAUGUCUGUUUCUAGGUUCUUUUUGAAGACCCCAGAGUGUGCACCGGAAGAAGCAGCAGCAGCCGGUGCAGGGGCAGUGGUAGGGGGAACAGCAGGUGCUCCUCCGGUAGGCGGAAUGGCAGCUAAAACCACAGGCGCAGCAGCAGCAGCAACCGAUGUGGCAGCAAUAGAUACAGCGGCAGCAGGCGCAGCAGCAGCAGGCACAGUAGCAACAUGUGCAGCAGCAAGCGGAGCGUUCCCGUCCUCAUCAGCACACCGAGCACGGCCACUGCCUGCGCCAGCAACAGCAGAUGGCGCAGCAGGUGACGGCUUAUCGCUACGUCAGGAGCUCCUGCAGCAGCGGUGCGCCUUGGGACCCCUGGAGGUGUCUUGUGUCCUUUCGCAGCUUCUGGGCGAGUUGAGCCUUUCUAAGAACCAAAUCUCCGUGACGUUUACUCGUUAUCAGUUUCUUAAGGGGCUUAAAGCCAAGGAACACAAGCCUGUUGUUGCGCCUGCUGCCCUUUCUGCUGCUGGCGGAGCUGCUAGUGCUGCUGCCGCGGCUACUGUUCCUGGAACAGCAGCAACUGCAUACCAUAUUUGUGCAGCAGCUGCCGGUGAAAAUGCCCAUGCUCCUAACCUUUCUUCGCCAGCUGCUGCUCCCAGUCCUUUCCGUGCUACUACUGCUGGUGCUGCUGAUGCUGUUGUUGAUAUUCGGAUUAAAGAUGGGGUUCCAACGGCUACAGACUGCAGCGCAGGGACAACAGCAACAAGCGCAGCAGGGAACAGCAUCGGAUGUGGUCCCUAUAGAACUCUAGAAGCAAUGGACAGGGCAUCCCGUGCUGCCGCUGCUGCGCUCGCGAGGCAGCAGCAGAAUCAGGAACAAAAAACUACACAGCAACAGCAGGAGCGACCACGCCUGAAAUUAGAGCUGCAGUCGCAGCAGCAAAUGCUGCCAGAGCAGAGCACAACAGUCAGAGCAGAGUUAGGGCAGCAGCAGCCGCAUCACAAGGAGGGGGAGCUACAGGGCCGCAUUCAGCAAUCAGUUCAAGGCCAAGACCAGCAGCAGCUGGAAAAGCAGCAGCCACAGCAGCAGCAGCCGCAGCAGCACGAGGAUGAGGACCCGCUGCGCUGCCCCAUAUGUCUGCAAAGAAUGCAGGCUCGGGGAUGUGUGGUGGUCCUGCCUUGUGGGCACUCGAUGUGUUUAUCGUGCCUGCAGAAGCUGCAGCAGCAGCAGCGCCAGCAGCAGCGCCAGCAGCAACAGCAGCGCCAGCAAGGUCCCAUCCUAAAGUGUGCAAUUUGCCGUCACCAAUUUUGCCUAUCAGAUGCUGCCCUUGUUGCUUCUGCUACUUCGUCCACUGCAGCAGCAGCCGAGCAGCACAAAGAUCAACUGCAUCCGCAAGGUCCAAAGCAGCAACAGCAAACACAACAGCAAGGACUGCCUAGCCGCUCCCGCUCAGCCUCUCCCGAACGCAUGCCUGCAGGCGCCGCGGAAGGCCGAGGUGGCCAGGGGCCACACUCCGCGAAGUUUGCUGCUGUCAUCAACAAAAUUGUAGAGCUGGUGGGGACCCCGCAAGGCGCGAAGGGAGCCCUGGGGUCCCCAGGGUUGACCCCCAGUAGCACGGAGCAGCCGAACCAAGCCUUGAAGCAUUCUAGGCCACGAGACCUGCAGCAACGGCUGCAGCAGCGGGAUGGAAGCCAGCAGGUGCAAAUUCUGCAGCAGCCGCUGGAGCCGCAGCAACAGGAACAAGAAGGUGAAAAAGUGUUAGUGUUCUCCGAGUGGCGAGAAGUGCUGCUGCUGCUUCGUUCCUCUCUGCGCCAGUUGAAUAUCAGCAGCUUGUGCUACUACGGGUCUCGGAAGGAAGUAGCAGCAAUAAAAGCCUUCAGCAGCAGUACCAGCGAAGGGGGUCCCCAGGUGCUGCUGUGCUGCCUGCGAAAGGCUGGAAGGGGCCUCAACCUCACAGCUGCUCGCUACGUUCUCUUUGUUGACUUCCCCCUCAACGCAGCAGAAGAGACGCAGGCCAUCGGCAGGGUGUACAGGAUCUCACAAACAAGGCAAACGCACGUCUGGAGGUUCAUUGUUAAGGACACCGUGGAGGAGCGAGUAGCGCAACUGCGCCGAACCCGCAAGGCCUCAAAAAGUUCCAGCGAGGCCCUACUCUGCGAGCGACUUUCCCUCGAAGACCUCCACCAGCUGUUGCAGGUCGAGGAGGAAGCAGCGGCUGCUGCUCCCAACUGUACCUCAACCACAACAGCAGCUGCUGCAGAGCCAAGCACUGCUGCAGCCGCUGCCGCUGCGUGUGACGCGGCGUCAGAUGCCGCCGCGUCCCCCAGAAGUAGCCCUCUGGGGUCACCAAAAGCAGCAAGUGGAGCACAAGCAGCAGCAGCAGCCACAUCAAGCUGCCCCUUUGUUGGCCUGCUGCCAGGUUGUGGGGCCACAGAGGACAGGGACUACGAGGAAGCACUGUGGGAGCGCGCAGCAAAGACAGUAGAAGAGGAUAGAGCGGAGGCCCUCGAAGUUGCCCUCGGGGGAUUUUUGACUGAAGAGGACUUGGUGCUGCACGAGCAGCAGCAGCAGCAACAGGAGCAGCAGCAUCAGCUUGAGCGGCAACAAAACCAAAGCAAGCGGAGGUGCACAAGGGGCCCAGUAAAGAGGGCAGCUGACGCAGAGACCUUGCAUGCAGCCCCAGGCUAG